AUGCCAGUGCUCGAAUACGCACCCCCACCAGCACCCACCUCCUCGCGCUCCUCGCGCGCCCCGCUCUCCCCCUCAGCCUCAACCAACAUCGCUCAACCCGCUCGAACGGCCUCGCUCGACAAGCUUGUGCAAGGUGGAGAGGAGGACGUCAGUAUGGAGAUUGCGUUGAGUCAGGAGACGAAUAGGAGGUUGUCGUUGAGAGGGGGAGGGGGUGGACCGUCGAGUGAGGAUGGGCUGAAUGGAGUGAGUGGACCGGCAGAUGAGGCGGGAGAGAUGGGUCACGCGGACCAGGAGGAGGAAAAGGACGAGCUGGCGGACGAGGAUGACACGGCGAGCAGGACGAGCGGUCGCAGUACGAGCGAAGAUCUCGCUCCUUUGCACGUCGAGGUCCGCCUCAAGCCGACGUCGACGAUGCGAUACGACCUCAUCCGCCGCCUCAUGUGCCAGCACCUCGACUCGGAGUACGAGACGCUCCUGACGCACUCUGAGGUGCACGACUGGCGAGACGUUGGCGUGUUGGCGCAGAAUGUCGACCGUGUCUGGAUUGGCGAGUGCUCCCUCCCGUCUCCCGCCGUCCCGCUGGACCACGUCUGCCUCAGUCUCCACAUAUACCAGCCCCCGUCCUCCUCCCGCCUGACCGAAUUCACCACUUCCGCACACGCGGACGAAGACGGCGACUCGGACGUCCCCGCCGCCUCGGUUCUCGAACUCCCCUCGCUCAGCCUCGAAGGCGUGUGGGACAGUUUGAUCUACGAGGGAGACGUCAAGAACAAGCUGUUGAACUAUAUCUACUCGACUCUCUUGUUCAGCGAUGCGAUGGUCGACUUCAACAUCGUCAGCUGGAACAGGGUCGUACUGCUGCACGGACCGCCUGGCACGGGCAAGACCUCGCUUUGCCGCGCUCUCGCCCAGAAACUCGCCAUCCGCCUCUCCGACCGCUACGAACACGGCAAACUGAUCGAGAUCAACUCGCACUCGCUCUUCUCGAAGUGGUUCUCCGAGUCGGGCAAGCUCGUCCAGCGCCUGUUUUCGCAGGUCACCGAGAUGGUCGACGACGAGCGGAGCUUUGUUGUCGUGCUCAUCGACGAGGUCGAGAGUUUAACGGCCGCCAGGGCUGGAGCGAUGUCGGGCAAGGAGCCGUCCGACGCUUUGCGAGUCGUCAACGCCCUCCUCACCCAGCUCGACAAACUCAAGCACCGCAAGAAUUGCCUCGUAAUGACGACCUCGAACCUGUCAGAAGCGAUAGACAACGCCUUUAUCGACCGAGCCGAUAUCAAGCAGUACAUCGGCCUGCCGCCCGCCGCCGCUGUCUACUGGAUCUUGCAGACCUGCUUGCAGGAGAUCAUGCGAGCUGGCCUGAUUCCCCCCGUCCGACUCCUCGACUUCAAGGCGGUGGAGGUGUACCACUCGGCGGGUUUGGGGGCGAACGGAGACGACAGAGAAUGGCAGUGCAGCACCCUGCUCUUCGAUCUCGCACAUCGUUGCAAGGGCUUGUCCGGCCGUACGCUCCGCCGCCUCCCCGUCCUCGCUCAUGCACGGCACAUCUCGUCAUCUUUCGCUUCCUCCGCCCGACCUCGACUGGAGACAUGGCUUGAGGCGAUGUGCAAGUGCGUCGAGGAGGAGGGCAAAGAGAUGGAGAAGAUCGACAGCGGUGUCUGA